UGAACGAAGCAAUUCUCGUUUUUUUUUUUUUUUUUUUAAAAUUCUUAUUAAAUCAGUUUAACAUCGAAAUGAUUCAUGAACUAUUGCUGGCACUGAGUGGAUACCCGGGCACGAUUUUUACAUGGAACAAACGGACAGGUUUGCAGGUGUCACAGGAUCUGCCUUUCCUUCACCCAAGUGAGACCAGUAUUCUCAGCCGUCUCUGCAAGUUGGGGACAGACUACAUGCGCUUUACUGAGUUCAUAGAGCAACAUACAGGCCAUGUACACCAACAAGAACAUCACACAAACCAGCCCAACCAUGCUGGACUUCAUGGGAUCUAUCUGCGAGCUUUCUGCACUGGGCUGGACUCCAUGCUGCAGCCCUAUAGACAGGCUCUGCUGGAUCUAGAACAAGAGUUCCUUGGAGAUCCACAUCUAUCCAUAUCUCAUGUGAACUACAUGCUGGACCAGUUCCAGUUGUUGUUUCCAUCUGUCAUGGUGGUGGUGGAGACAAUAAAAUCACAGAAGAUCCAUGGCUGCCAGAUCCUGGAGACGGUCUACAAACACAGUUGUGGGGGGCUUCCACCUGUACGCAUGGCUUUAGAGAAGAUUCUUGCAGUGUGUCAUGGUGUGAUGUACAAACAGUUAGCAGCUUGGAUGCUGCAUGGAUUACUACUAGACCAAAGCGAGGAGUUUUUCGUAAAACAAGGUCCCAGUGUUGGAGGAGCUGCUGCCAACCAGGAGGAGGAAGAAGAGGACCUGGGACUGGGAGGACUGAGUGGUAAACAGCUCAGAGAACUGCAGGACCUGAGGCUGAUUGAGGAGGAGAACAUGCUUGCUCCGUCUCUUCAGCAGUUCUCCCUGCGGACAGAAAUGCUUCCUUCUUACAUUCCCAUCCGAGUUGCUGAAAAGAUCCUGUUUGUAGGAGAGUCUGUCCAGAUGUUUGAAAACCACAACCACAGCCCGUCAAGAGCUGGCUCCAUACUGAAGCAUCAGGAGGACACCUUCGCUGCGGAACUUCACAGACUUAAACAGCAGCCUCUUUUUAGCCUGGUGGAUUUUGAAAAUCUCAUUGACGGCAUCAGAAGCACAGUAGCAGAGCAUCUUUGGACCUUAAUGGUGGAAGAGUCUGACCUACUUGGACAGCUUAAGAUUAUUAAGGACUUCUACUUACUGGGUCGUGGUGAGCUGUAUCAGGUUUUCAUUGACCUUGCACAGCACAUGCUGAAGACUCCACCAACAGCUGUCACUGAACAUGAUGUGAACGUGGCCUUUCAACAGGCAGCUCACAAAGUGCUGCUGGAUGACGACAACCUCCUGCCUCUGCUGCAUCUCACUAUAGACUACCAAGGCAAAGAUGGCAAAGAGGCGACAGGUUCCAGAGAUGGAGCCACUCCUCCACAAGACACAUCCCCUCGUGAAGUCCCGCCUACUGGCUGGGCAGCUCUGGGCCUCGCCUACAAGGCCCAGUGGCCGCUGCACAUCCUCUUCACUCCUGCCGUCCUGGAGAAGUACAACGUUGUGUUCAGAUACUUGCUGAGUGUGCGGCGGGUUCAGUCAGAGCUGCAGCACUGCUGGGCUCUGCAGAUGCAGAGGAAAUACCUUAAAUCCAGCCAGACAGAUACCGUUAAAUGGAGGUUACGCAACCACAUGGCUUUUCUGGUUGACAACCUGCAGUACUACUUACAGGUGGAUGUGCUGGAGUCUCAGUUUUCUCAGAUGCUUCAGCAGAUUAACUCCACCAGAGACUUUGAAAGCAUCAGACUAGCCCAUGACCAUUUCCUCAGCAACCUGCUCGCACAGUCCUUCAUACUUUUGAAGCCGGUGUUCCACUGUCUGAACGAGAUCCUGGAGCUGUGCCACAACUUCUGCUCGCUGGUCAGUCAGAGCAUGGCCUCACUGGAUGAAAGGGGAAACAGCUCAGCUGGAUAUUCUGGUCAAGGGGUUCAGCCGCCAGUCCCUUCUUGCUAUUCAAAAUCCCUUUCAAGUGUGAAGAACCAUCAGAUAACUCUGAUCUGGCUCAAUUGUUACUGCGCCUGGACUACAACAAGUACUACAACCCAGUCCUGGAGGCACCCUGGGCAGCUUUUAGGACUUUGUGAAGAAGAUGGACAGAAACAGUGACUGGUCGUACACAUCAUCUCAUCAGGCUUUUCUUCCUUUGUCAGGUUAUUACCCGUGUUACAUCCCUGUUGUAACACUGUGAUCAUUUGUGUAUAAACUGUAUGUAGUGCUGUUUUCUACACAGGAAAUAAAUGAAUCCCAUUAAAAUGAGACAAGGUCACAGUUUAAUAUUCCAUAAAAACAGACAAAAUUAUAUACAGCGGAGGCAUGCAACAGAAGAAAUGCUGAACACUAAUGAUGAGUCGGAUUAUGAGGAGUAGUCAUGGUGAUACUGCGGCUUGCUGUGGAAACCCAAACGCUCCCCACAGAUCACGCUCUG